AUGAACUACUUGAUUUUGGAAACGACCGUUAUACCCAUCUGCGGGUUCUUGAACAUGGUGCGAACGUACAAGAAGAAAACUGCAAGAGGUAUUAUUCCAAUUGAACAAUAUGAAAGUGCCAUGCAGGCCAUAUUACAAGAAAAAUUAUCAAUUAGAGAUGCUGCUACUCGCUACGGGGUUAAUUUUAUGACGUUACACCGCUAUAUGAAAAGAAAGUUAGCCCUAAACGUUGAAAACAGAAGCAAGUGCUUAGUUGGCUACGCUACGCACAGAAAAAUAUUUAACGAUGCCGAAGAACAGGAACUUGCGAAAUACACAGAGUAUUCCGCUAAAAUUUAUUACGGUCUUACAACUUCUGAUUUGCGCAAACUUGCAUUUCAUUUUGCGAUAGCAAACAACAUAUCUGUUCCAGAAAAUUGGAAGGUGAAAGAAAUAGCUUCCAAGGAUUGGUUAUAUGGAUUUCUGAAGGGGCAUCAAACUUUAUCUGUCAGAACACCCGAAGCUACUAGUAUGGGCAGAGCCACUGCGUUUAAUCCCCAUAAUGUAUCGCAGUUUUUCAAUAAUCUUGGCAAGGUUUAUGAUAAACAUAAAUUCCAGCUUCAAGAUGUCUAUAAUAUGGACGAGACUGGACUUACCACGGUCCAAAGGCCCACAAAAAUCAUAGCAAAAAGGGGAACUAAGCAGGUAGGCGCUAUCACUUCUGGAGAAAGGGGUCAACUUGUUACCUUGGCAUUAGCGGUUAACGCAAAUGGCAAUUUCGUACCUCCAUUCAUAAUAUUUCCACGGAAAAAAUUCAAGGAUGUUAUGGUAGCAAAUGGGCCUCCUGGUUGUGUCGACACUCCGAUUAAAUCUGCUUUAGAGGAGGAGGAAAGGACAAGACAAAGAAAAAAAAAUGUGGGAGCAACUAAAAGAAACAUAUCAGGUGAAUUAACAAGUGGGGCAAAGUCUAAAUGUAAGAAACAGAGCGCUAAAAAGACCCUUAAAAAAAUAGAUUCUACAAGCUCAGAAGAGGAUGAAGAAUCGGCAUGUCUGAUAUGUUUAACUCCAUUUUCACAUUCUAGAAAUGAAGAGCGGAUCCAGUGCUUUGUCUGUAAAGGGUGGGCGCAUAACCUCAGUCAGAGCAGACCAUUGGAGCUUGAUCUCUGUUCAUAG